UAUCUUACAUUCAAAGAAAAAGAUUGCCUGAAAUAGAGAAAAUCUAGACUGCAGUUCCACAAGGGGACUCUGGGCGCCGCUGUCGGCCAGUGCAGGGCGAGCGCUGAUGCUCAGGAUUCCUCGGCCUUCAGCUCAGGAUUUCCUGCGCAGCCUCCGACACAGAGGGAAACCCGCUUACACUAGGGCUCCCGGCUGCGCAGACUCGCCCUGCAGAAGCGGAAUCGCAGCCCCAAGACUGGGGUCUCCGCCUGUCCUGGGCUGAGUGCUCUUCCAGUGCGGUAGUGAGCACUUUCUCCAACUGGAAAGACUGAGACCCAGCGGCAACUAGAGCGCAAGAUGGGAGGGAGCUGCGCGCAGAGGUGCGGAGCCAGCCGGCUGCAGGUACUGUUUCCCCUCCUGCUGCCUUUGUUCCACCGCGCGCUCUGCGAGCCGAUCCGCUACUCGAUUCCCGAGGAGCUGGCCAAGGGCUCGGUGGUGGGGAACCUCGCCAAAGAUCUAGAGCUCAGCGUUCUGGAUGUAUCAGCUCGGAAGCUGCGGGUUAGCGCGGAGAAGCUGCUUUUCAGUGUAGACGCGGAGAGCGGGAACUUACUGGUGAAGGACCGAAUAGACCGUGAGCAGAUUUGCAAAGAGAGAAGAAGAUGUGAGUUGCAGUUGGAAGCCGUGGUGGAAAAUCCCUUGAAUAUUUUCCAUAUCAUUGUGAAUGUUGAGGAUAUUAAUGACCAUGCCCCUCAAUUCCAUAAAGAUGAAAUAAACUUAGAAAUCAGUGAAUCUGUCAGCCCAGGAACGGGAACAAUUCUUGACUCUGCAAAAGAUCCUGAUAUAAGUAUGAAUUCACUGAGCAAAUACCAACUAAGUCCUAAUGAAUAUUUCUCUUUGGUGGUAAAAGACAAUCCCGAUGGUGGCAAAUAUCCAGAAUUAAUACUGAAGAAGAACCUGGACCGAGAAACGCAGAGCGCCCACCACUUAGUACUAACAGCCUUAGAUGGUGGCGAUCCGCCACGAAAUGGCACUGCUCGGAUCCGAAUCCUGGUGGUGGAUGCCAAUGAUAACCCCCCUGUGUUCGGCCAAGAUGUGUACAGGGUCAGCAUUCCAGAGGACGUGCCCCUCGGCACCUCUGUGCUGAGGGUGAGUGCCACAGACCAAGACGAAGGCUUCAACGCAGAGGUCACCUAUUCCUUCUUUGGUGUGGCUGAUAAAGCCCAGCACGUGUUCUCUUUGGAUUCUGCUACAGGAAACAUUAUAACUCAUCAACCCUUGGAUUUUGAAGAAGUAGAAAGAUAUAUAAUGGAUAUAGAAGCAAAGGACCGAGGAUUUCUCUCUACACGAUGUAAAGUAAUUAUAGAUGUUCUAGAUGAAAACGACAACAGCCCAGAGAUAAUUCUCACUUCUCUCUCUAAUGAGAUUUUGGAGAAUUCCCCUCCAGGAACCGUUGUUGCCCUCUUCAAGACUAGGGACCGGGAUAAUGGAGGAAAUGGAGAAGUCAUAUGUAAUAUAGGAAGAGCUGUUCCUUUCAAGAUUUACUCCUCUUCUAAUAAUUACUACAAGCUGGUGACUGAUGGGGCUCUGGACCGAGAGCAGACUCCAGAAUACAACGUCACCAUCACAGCCACCGACAGAGGCAAGCCGCCCCUCUCCUCCAGCACCACCAUCACUCUGCACAUCACCGACGUUAACGACAACGCCCCGCUUUUCCAACAGUCCACCUACCUGAUCCACGUGCCAGAAAACAACCCGCCCGGGACCUCCAUUGCGCAGGUCAGCGCCUCCGACCCCGACCUGGGGCCCAACGGCCUCAUCUCCUACUCCAUCGUGGCCAGCGACCUGGAGCCACAGGCGCUGUCCUCCUACGUGUCCGUGAACGCGCAGAGCGGCGUGGUGUUCGCGCAGCGCGCCUUCGACCACGAGCACCUGCGCGCCUUCCAGCUGACGCUGCAGGCCCGCGACCAGGGCUCGCCAGCGCUCAGCACCAAUGUCAGCCUGCGCGUGUUGGUGACCGACCGCAACGACAACGCGCCAAGGGUGCUUUACCCGGCGCUGGGUCCCGACGGCUCUGCGCUCUUCGACACAGUGCCGCGCGCCGCGCAGCCGGGCUACCUGGUCACCAAGGUGGUGGCUGUGGACGCGGACUCGGGACACAAUGCCUGGCUGUCCUACCACGUGCUGCAGGCCAGCGAGCCUGGACUGUUCAGCCUGGGGCUGCGCACGGGCGAGGUGCGCACAGCGCGAGCUUUGGGCGACAGAGACGCGACCCGCCAUCGCCUGCUGGUCGCUGUGCGCGAUGGGGGACAGCCGCCUCUCUCGGCCACUGCCACGCUGCUCCUGGUCUUCGCUGACAGCCUACAAGAGGCCCUGCCGGACCUCAGCGAACGCCCCACACCCUCUGACCCCCAGGCUGAGCUGCAGUUUUACCUGGUGGUGGCCUUGGCCUUGAUCUCGGUGCUCUUCCUAUUGGCCGUGAUUCUGGCCAUUGCUCUGCACCUGAGACGCUCCUCCAGUGCGGCCACUGGCGGCUGCUUUGGGUCUGUUCUUUGCUCCAAAUCUGGACUGGAGAUUCCCCCCAACUACAGUGAGGGUACUUUGCCCUAUGCCUAUAAUUUGUGUGUGCCUGGGGAUCAGACUAAUUCAGCAUUUAAUUUUCUAACAUCUGCUGAUCAUUGUCCAGCCAGGCAAGAUUCUCUCAACAAAGACAGCUCUUCAGCACUAUUGGGUAGCAUUCUAACUGCUAGUGUUGACGCAGAUAAGAAGGCUUUAAAGCAGUCGGCGCGGGGCUUCGCAGAUACAUAAGCUGGAUCACAAUAAACCGGCUCAA